AGUCUUGCCGCUGUGGUAGACGGAGGCUCCAUCUGGACGUCGACCAACGCGGGCGUCACCUGGACGGAGCAAACAGACGCUGGCUCACGUGACUGGGUAUCAAUCGCGUCCUCGUCGGAUGGCACGAGACUUGCCGCCGUGGUUAGUGAUGGCUCCAUCUGGACGUCGACCAACGCGGGCGUCACCUGGACGGAGCGAAACGACGCUGGCUCACGUGACUGGGCAUCGAUCGCAUCCUCGUCGGAUGGCACGAGCCUUGCCGCCGUGGUGAGGGAUGGCUUUAUCUGGACGUCAACCAAUGCGGGCGCCACCUGGACGGAGCAAACCGCCGCUGGUUCACGUACCUGGCGGUCGAUCGCAUCCUCGUCGGAUGGCACGAGCCUUGCCGCCGCGGUAAGCGAGGGCUUCAUCUGGACCUACGCGUAGGUCUGUGCAUGUGGACCGGGGAGAAUAAGGGAACCAAGUCACACCUCUCCCCGCCUAGCCCAAAUUUUUCUUAAAGGCCAAAUAAAUAAAAUCAUCGAGUGGUUGUCAAGCCUUCAGGCUGCGUCCUGCAAAAAGCAUCGAAGAAUUGAGAGAAUGCCAUCAGAAUCAAAGGAAAUUUAAAUGAAGAAACGUGAAAUUUUCAUGGACGAGUAUCAGAGAGUAGGAUCUCGCAUCACUUCUCAGGGAAAGAUGAUCCUACGGACAAAUUAUUUGGGGACACUG